AUGCUCAACGAGCUUGAUUGGACGACGAUGACGCAUAAUGGCGGGAAAGUACCCCGGCUUGUGUGCGUGCAGGCCGAGUUCGUCGACGGGUGGUACCCAAUCUACCGACACCCCGUCGACGCGCCCGCGCCUCCCACGCACGAGCUCUCGACCUCGGUAAGACUGCUCAAGGCCUCGCUCGAGUCGGCCACGAACCAGAAAUUCAACCACGUGCUCAUCCAGCAGUACCGAUCCGGCGAAGACUGCAUCUCGCAGCACGCAGACAAAACGCUCGACCUCGUGCCGGGCAGCAAGAUCGUGAACGUGAGUCUCGGCGCGAUGCGCUACAUGUCGCUCAAGAAGAAACGCGACUCGCUGCGCGCGCGCUCGGCUAGCUCUUCGACUUUGCCCAAACGCAAAAUCAACUUUCACCCGAAAAACGCAAUCUCCCGCCCUCCCGCGCCAAACCAACGCAUCGCGCUCGAACACAACUCGAUCUUCGUCCUCGGCGCGCACACAAACAAACUCUGGACGCACCAGAUCAAACCCGACAAACGCUCCCGCGCGCAGAAAUCUCCCGCCGAACUCGCGUUUGAUGGGUUUAGAGUCAGUCUUACCUUCCGCUCGGUUGCUACUUUUGUCACAAACUCAAGUGGUGGUGGUGGUGGUGGUGGCGGUGGUGGAAAUAGCAGCAGCGGCAGACCACAGCUCAUCUACGGCCGCGGCGCGACCGCCAAAGACCGCGUACACGCCUCGCCCGUGCUCUACUCCGACAGCGCCUCCGAGAGCGAGCGCGAGAACGCGCGCGCGCAGGCGAAAAAACUGCUCGGCGCGUUCGCGGCCGAGAAUCGGCUGGGCGAGAGCUUUGAUUGGCAGAGGGCUUAUGGCCAGGGUUUUGAUAUCGUUGAUUUUCCGACGGAUUUGUAA